AUGGAUCAGCAAGACAAAGAGCUAAGAAAUGACUUGAUUAUGUGGGAUAGAAGGCGAAAGUUAGCUGUUGUUCAAGUUGUUUUCCAUGUGGUAUAUUGGUAUAUGCAGAGAAAAUAUCACCUUAAGAAGUACGUGGACCAUCCUAUUAAUUACUUGGAGAGAGAAAAAGUGAGGAUUGAGCUAAUGACAAAACUUAAAUGUAUUAAGUAUUGUCGUAAUAUCACCCGUAUGGGGCCGCAGGCAUUUCAAGAUUUGUGUCAUAUACUUGAAAGAGAUGGUGGUCAGAAACCAACAAAACGUGCAACAGUUGAGGAACAAGUUGCAAAGUGUCUUUACAUUUUGUCACAUAGCGUGAAGAAUAGAAAUGUUUCGUUUUUCUUUCGUCGCUCCGGUGAGACUGAUUGUAUUGGAGCACUUGAUGGAACACAUGUUCGUGUUAAAGUAUCUAGCAAGGAUGUGCCGAGAUAUCGUGGUAAAAAAGGUUAUCCUACACAAAAUGUAUUGGUUGCAUGUUCAUUUGACUUAAAAUUCACUUAUGUCUUACCUGGAUGGAAGGGAACUGCAUCUGACUCAAGGAUCAUAAAAAAUGCACUCACUAGAGAAGAUAAACUGAAAAUACCCAACGGCAAAUUUUAUCUUGUUGAUGCGGGGUAUAUGUUAAGGAGUUCCCUUAUCCCUCCUUACAGAGGUGUGCGUUAUCACUUGAAAGAGUAUUCCAACCAUCCACCGGAAAAUGCUCGAGAGUUGUUUAACCACCGACAUGCUUCUUUACGCAAUGCCAUUGAGAGAGCUUUUGGUGUGCUAAAGAAACGAUUUCCCAUCAUAGCAAGCACAAUUGAGCCUACUUACUCAGUUAACACACAAUCAAAUAUCGUAAUAGCAUGUUGCAUCUUACAUAACUUUUUAAUGGGUGUUGAUCCAGAUGAAAACAUUACUGCUGAAGUAGACAAAGAGCUUGAAAAUCAAUGUCAAACUCAACAAAUGACUCGUGCACCAAGGGAUACUGAUAAGGAUGCAAAACAGGCGAAACUCAUUAGAAAUGUGAUAGCAGCUACAAUGUGGUCUGAUUAUGUUGCUAAUCAAGAGUGA